AUGGCGGGAAGACGCCUGAGCCUGCUCAGGCACUUUCGGAAGAAGAAGAAGGAAGGACCUGGAGCUGCCCCAACCCAGCACCCGGAGAAGAUGGAGCAGUUGCAUCCCCUGCAGGAGGAUCCAGGACAGGACCAGACACGAGACCAGGACCGUGCCCGUGGACGCUUCCGCCGGGCAGCCCAGGCCUUUCUCAAAUUCUUGGGCAUUCGGCGCAAAAGGACCACAACCAGACCGACUGAGGUCAUGGCACAGCCUGACCCCAGCCUGACUGAGCUCGAGGCAAACCCCGAUGUCACCACCGCACUGACUGAUGGCACAGGAAACUGUGAUACCCUGCCAGUUGUUCACACAACAAAGUCUGACCCUGCUUUGACUGCUGCUACAACAGACACUGACAGCCCAUCCAUCGAUGGCACUGCAAUCUCUGACAUCCCACUGACCGAGGAACCCACAAACUCUGGCGCUGCACCGCCCGAUCUCACUGCUGAGGCCGACACUGCAAUGACCGAGGGCACUGCAGACACUGACCUCGUGCCCAGGGAGAGUGUGAAUUAUGCUCCCACUCCAGAUGUUUUUGAGAAUGGUGUCUCCAGUCCAGAGCAAGUGCCAGCCUUUGUCAGGAACGUGCACCAGAGACUGACAGCCAGCGCGACUCCAGAAGAGAAGCUGCUGACGGAGUUUCUGAGGGUUACUGAUGAACACCCUGCUGAUGCUGUGUUCACCCUCCUGCGCUGUGCCCCAUCGUGUGACAGAGCUGCUGCAACCCUGUGGAAGACCAUCACCUCAUCGGGAAGGACAGUGGAGAAGGUGCUGCCAAAGCUGCUCCGUGUGAUGGAGAACUGGCCAUGGCUGAGCAUGUCCACCUCCGACGGGGACAAAACAGAUGUCUUUGCCCUGGCUGCAACCAGGGUGAUUUGCGAGAUUCUCCAGGUGCUCCGGGGCCCAGAGCCAUUGAAAAAGUAUUCCCCCCACCUCCUCGUGGAUCUGCUCUUCCAGAUUUCCAUCAGCCCAGAGCAGACUCCAGAGGAAGUUGACACCUUGUGGAGGGAAUGCCAGAAGCAAUACAACCUUCCAACAAACUCCAAGAGGUUUGCAGUGCUGACCAUGAAGGCCCUGCUUUGUCACAUUGAGUGUGAAGAUGUCGUGCUUUCAAUGGAACAGAAGCAUGGCUGGGACACACUCCUCAACUCUGACACUCACCACUACGCAGUGGGUCUGCUGGCCAGGGAGAUGCGCCGUGCCUCGAGCCCCUUGUACUACCCGAUUGCCCUCGGCCUGCUGAGGCUGCUCAGCAGGGAGAAGCCCGGCUGGGAGCUUCCUGCCAUGGCGUUCCUUGUGGAGAUCCUGGACUGCCCGGACAUAACUGAAUGGCGUGACAGCGUCCUGGAGAUCCUUUCCAGGCGCCUGUGGAGCGAGCACACAGAGAUGCGUCGCCUGGUGCUGAGAGGCCUCGUGGUGCUGAGCAAGGCUCCUGGGAUGGCUGACAGCAUGCAGAGCCUGACACCAAGCCUCGUGGAGCUACUGUGGCAUACAGACAGAGAGCUGCAGGAUGACAACAGGCUCAAAGCCAGCUCAGGUGUGAGCAGCCAGUUUGCCAGCAAGGUGCUGGAAACUCUGCAGAGGGAAGAACAUAUUUAUUCUCCCCGUGAAGCUUAA